UCGAUUGAAAAGCCCAUGGUACUGUGUCGUCGUCUGCUCUCGCUACCUAAGCAGAAACUGGACAAUGGCUGUCCUUCAAGGGAGUAAAGUCUAUAGGGACAGAGGUGGAAGAAGACGGCGAAACAUGGAGAGCAGUGGCCGGAGGCAAAGGGACACUCUUUCUCGACGUCUCUCACCGCCGCCUGAAGCGGAUCACUUUCUUCAUCCGGAAGAGGCAGAACCUGUGAUCGUUGGAGGUAUGGUGUUGGAUAUACAUGCUACACCUUCUAUGCCUGCUAAUCCCGGAACCACUACUCCUGGCAAGGUCCACUAUGUGCUAGGAGGCGUGGCAAGGAAUGUUGCUGAGUGCAUGUCUAAGCUUGGAGCAAAACCUUUUAUGCUUAGUGCUGUUGGCCUUGACAUGGCAGGAAAUUUGCUAUUGGAGCAUUGGAAAUCUGCUAAACUAUCUAUUGAAGGCAUUCAGAUGCGCCAUGAUAUUGAGACUGCUGUUGUGUGCAACAUAUUUGAUGCUGAGGGAGAAUUGGCAGCUGCUGUUGCGAGUGUGGAAGCAGUUGAAAAAUUUCUCACAGCAGAGUGGAUUAAAAAAUUCAAGAGCAAAUUAUCUACUGCGCCAGUGUUGAUGGUUGAUGCAAACUUAAAUCCUCCUGCUCUAGAAGCAUCUUGCCUAAAGGCAGCAAAGUCUGAUGUUCCUGUGUGGUUUGAGCCUGUGUCGGUUACAAAAUCCAGUAGAGUAGCUCCUGUGGUCAAGUAUAUAACUUUUGCUUCACCUAAUGAGGAUGAACUUGUUGCCAUGGCAAAUGCUCUAUCCUGUGAUAACGUGUUUUGUCUGAUCAGAAAGGAUGACUAUAGAAACUUUUCAACAGAAUCUUUGUUUCAAUUGCUAAAACCAGCCAUAUGGGUUUUGCUAGAGAAGGGUAUUAAAAUAGUUCUUGUGACUGUUGGAUCAAACGGGGUCUACUUAUGCUCCAAAGGAGUGUCUGCCUUGAUGAAAUCUGGUUCAAAGAGAACCUACUGUGGUGGUCUUGGCAGGCAAUUGUAUAAACUUGUCUCUGCAAGCUGCCCCCCCAAUCAAUUUUCCAGUGCUGUGGAGUCUGAGGGAAGCUCUCAUCUAUUUGCCGUUCACUUUCCUGCACUCACUGCGUCAGUUGUAAAGCUUACUGGUGCUGGUGACUGCUUGGUUGGGGGAACACUUGCUUCCAUUUGCGCGGGCUUAGAUGUUCUUCAAAGUGUGGCAGUUGGUAUUGCAGCAGCCAAAGCCGCUGUUCAGGCAGUGGCUAAUGUCCCUGCUGAAUAUAGUUUAGCCACAAUUGCAGAUGAUGCAGGGGUGGUAUAUUCUGCUGCCAAAGUUCUGUGCCUCCAGUCCAAGCUGUGAACCAUGGACAAUAGUUGCAUUUGAUUUUGCUGAUAGAAUGGAUCAGAAUGCUUGCAUUCUUGUGAAUUAGCUUUGAAGUUCGAGCUACCAGCCAAUCCCAGGGCUUAGAAACGGCAGUUUGCAGAGAGUUGCAGAGUCAAGCCAGCAGCACUCCCGGUUGCAGAGAAACAACCUUACCAUAUAAGGCCUUAGUUAUUUAAUUUCUUUGUUGUUCUUGUUUCUUUUCUUUCUUUCUCUGCGAUCCCAUAAGCCCAUGCUAUUAAUAGUUGCGAGUUUGGGAUGAAAUUGUGGAGAACCUGUGUUCUUAAACCCAAGUUUGAUCUUCUCCCACCCAUGCCAACCUAUUACAAACCAUGGUGCUCCAAAGUCCAAAUCUUGGCUGAGGCAAUUGGUUGCUUCACGAGCAUUGUAAAGUCGAGUUGUAAUCAUAAUCUGUCACAAUCUUGUACUUU